CCCACUCGUCGGUGUUGCUGGUAGAAGCACUAUGGGUUCCCAAGGAAGCGAAGAGAAAGCCACCGGACAAGAGCAAGAAGGGUUGGAAGGCGGCGGCAGGAUAGAGGAGAGGAGUCAGAAGAUGGCUCCGGUGAAGAAGCCCAAAAAGGCCAAGCGGAAGAUCAGUGACUCCGGCGAGACCAAGAUCGAUGACUCCAGCGAGGCGAAGACCAAGGACGCCAGCAAGGUCAAGAGAACCAAGUCCGGCGGCUCGUUGGCGUUGCUUCCGGCGGACCUUCGUGGCCCCGAUACGGAAUGGUGGUAUGUCUUCCUCAGCAAGCACGCGGAACUCCACAAGGAAGCCGAAUCAGGUGGUCGUGCUCCAGUGCCUUCAGAUGAUGAGGAAGCGUUCAGGUACUUCUUCAGGACAUCGAGGAGGACUUUUGAGUACAUCUGCUCGAUUGUACGGGAGGAUUUGAUAUCGAGGCCGCCUUCUGGGCUGAUCAACAUUGAGGGGAGACUGCUUAGUGUGGAGAAGCAAGUAGCAAUUGCCAUGAGGAGGCUGGCAUCUGGGGAUUCGCAGGUGUCCGUUGGAGCUGCUUUUGGUGUGGGGCAGUCUACUGUUUCCCAAGUCACAUGGAGGUUUAUCGAGUCGAUGGAAGAGAGGGCUCGGCAUCAUUUGGUGUGGCCGGGCCAGGAGAGGAUGGAGGAGAUCAAAGCUAGGUUGGAGGCUGUCUCUGGUCUACCGAAUUGCUGCGGUGCCAUUGAUGCCACACACAUUAUCAUGACGCUUCCUGCUGUUGAAUCAUCUGAAGACUGGUGUGACCCUGCGAAAAACUACAGUAUGUUCCUACAAGGUAUUGUUGACAAUGAGAUGAGGUUUAUUGAUAUUGUCACUGGAUGGCCAGGGAGCAUGACAUUCUCACGCUUGUUAAAAUGCUCUGGGUUUUACAAGCUCUGCGAGGCUGGAAAACGCUUGAAUGGUCCUGUCAGAACUUCAGGGGAGGAUUCAGAAAUAAGGGAAUUCAUUGUUGGUGACAUGUGUUAUCCUCUACUGCCAUGGCUUAUGACUCCGUACCAAGGAGAAAGUCUAUCUACCCCAAUGGUCAACUUUAAUGCCCGGCAAAAAACUGCAAGGAUGCUUGGAACAAGAGCAUUGGCACGGCUGAAAGGCUCCUGGAAGAUCUUGCACAAAGUCAUGUGGAGGCCUGAUAAAAAUAAGUUACCGAGUAUCAUCCUGGUGUGCUGUCUGCUUCACAAUAUAAUUCUGGACUGCAACGACAAACUGCUUCCGGAUAUUCAGCUUCCAGAUCAUCAUGAUUAUGGUUAUAAUGAAGAGAACUGCCAGCAAGAGAAUCCUAAUGGCAAAGUAAUUAGAGAGAUCAUUACAGGAUAUCUCCCGACUUAUGAAGAAACAUCAAACUGAAUUAAGCUGGAUGGAAGCAUAGUUGGAGAUGUGAUGAUGUGUCUUUGUUCUAUUGUUAUUUACCUCAGUUAUCCCUAAUGUUCAUGUUCUAGUUUAAUCAGAUCUGCUGGUUACAGUAAAGGUUCUGCAUGAAUGGUGUGAUUUAUUCCUUCAGCAAUUAGCUACUUUGAAACACAUGUUGAGUUAAUUUUUUCCUGAUGAUGACAGUCCCUAUCAUGUUGAGUUCCAUAAUGUUGCUGAGGCCAGUUGUUUUGAAUCAAGGAAAUCAAUUGUUUUUUCGAAAA